AGCAUUUGCCCAAGUGGAAGCAGCACAACACAGCACCUUGGUGCUGCAAUGCGCCCCUUAGUUCUGAUGAGAUCGGUGACCUGAUGUUGCCCAGUGGAUAUCGACCGGAGGCGCUCUCCAGGUCGCCAAGCCAGGCACACCCAUGUGAGGAAAGCCAGCACCUGUUAGAGCAAGAGACGCGGCGCUUGCAUGAAGAGAUCCGGAGCAGGACGUUGGACAUGGAACGCCUGCAGCGGGAAGCCGAUUCUCUUCGUGAGCAAAUUCGCGAUGAACAACGACGUCGGCAAAGUCGCGUGUCGGACCUUUCCGAGCAGCUGCGAGGAGUCGAAGGACAAAACAGACAGCUGCAGAUGCAGCUUUCGCAGUUGCAGCUCCACACCACCUCGAAAGUCUCAGAUGCUACAGCUUUGAAGCGCGAAGUGGUUUCAAAGACCAUGGAGCUUGAGAAGCUUGUGAGGGAAUUUCAACAGUCACAAUCAGACCUUUUCUCCCGAGCGCAAUCAAUCUCUCACUCGCUUCUUCAGAUGUCAGGUACAGGAGGUGAAAGAGGGGAACGAGAGCAAUCUCCCAAUCCCUGUGCAAUUCCUUUUUCUCAAAAUGCAAACGGUCAUUCCGCACAUUCGGCGCACGCACAUCAGCGAAGUGUCCCAUCUCCUUGUGCAGCUGCUUCUCAAUUUGCUUCUUUAGGUCCUCUUGAUGAUGAAACCCUCGAAGCUUUGAAGCGACGGUUGCAAUCUCUGGGUGAUGUGGUGGUUUUCACCAGCGAUAAGUUUGAUGCCUGCUCUGCUUCUGGACACAGUAUUCCGCCUGGAGCUGUACGUGUCAGGCCUCGAAAGUGUGAUCAUGUAUUUCUCAUUGAAUGCCUGAUGCCAUACUGGGUUGAGGGCUUGUGCCCCGUUUGCAGAUGUAGUUUUGCUUAUAGCAGAGAAGUAAAUGAUGAGAGUGACAAGUGCUCAUCCGUUUCUACCAGCGUAUCUCAACGUGCAAGACUUGUUUCGCAAAGUCGACAACCACCUUUGAGUCAUAUUGGUGAAGAUGGAGGCUUCGGCACCUUUGGAGGAUCUCGCGGUCCAAAAGUCUUGCGAAGUGAUGAGAUGAGACAGCGAAGUACAUCCUGUGGAGCACGCAGCGAUGUUUCCGGUCUGGGAGACGGACGAAUUCGUUCCCCCUCGCGGUCGGGCAUCUCUGGGUCCUUGAGCAGAACGUCUUCUGGCCGUGAUCGCCCCUUGUGAAUCGGAUCACUUGGGCCGAUCGAAUCACAUGGAAACGAUGUUCGACAACGCCAAAGAGGAAGUUUGGAGCGAUCGAGAACCUGAUCUCCAUCCAGUUGGUGACAGUGCAGCCGGCAGAGGAUUGCCUGAUGCCCUGAA